AUGGUUUUGGCUAAUUUGGCUAUUAGCCAAAACCAAACACCGGACAAAUUUGCUCAAACAGACCCUAAGCGAUCAAAACUAGGAGGAAGGAAAAAUAAUAACAACCAUGUUUUUCGUGGAAUUGAUCAACUCAUCAUUGUUGUUGUUUUGGCCUCUGAUCAAGCACAUGCUUAUUGGAAGUUGUGUUGCUUUUAUGGUGAAUUUUUUCAUCUUAUCUGGUUUCCCAGUUACCUUGUUGCUGCUGCUGGUUUACAGAGCUUAUGGAGCUUGUCUCUAGGAAUUCUUGAUGUUUAUGCCCUUCUUGUUGGACGGUGCUUGCAGAAUUCUCGGAUUGUGAGCUUAUUUGUUGUGGGUGAUGGGGUCACUUCUACCCUAACGUUUGCUGCAGCGUGUGCUUCUGCUGGAAUUACUGUCCUGAUUGGCAAUGACCUUGGUGUCUGCUCUCAAAAUCACUGCUUAGAGUUCGAGACUGCUACCGCUAUGGCUUUUCUAAGCUGGUUCUGUGCUUUGCCAUCGUUUCUCUUAAACUUUUGGUCGCUUGCGUCCCGGUGAAGAGGGGCUCUCAUGGAAAUUACUUGAACGACGUCAAAAUAUCUUGUGAGAGUACUGUUUUUGUUUUGAUAUUGCAAAUGUUUGUCCAGAUGACGAUGUCCAAAAAACAAAAAAAACAUACAAUUGGCUGCUGCGGUGUGUAAAUACAGAUUGCGUGAAACUGGUUAAUAUGAAAAAUUGAGUUGUGUGUCUGUUGCUAGA